CCAUACGGUGGAACCAUGAGGCUCUUCGUGUCCCUUAGUCUCUGUAUUCUCAACAUCGGUCAUGUGACCCUUGGAGUGCACGUGAAUCGCAACAACGUUUAUGGUUGCUAUGUCGACCAAUGGGCCAGAACUCUUAAUGGCGGACUGACGAGGUCGAACAGCAUGACAGUUGGUAAAUGCGCUGCCCGCUGCCGCAGGGAGAACAAGAGAUUUUAUGGUUUGGAGGUUGGCGUGGAGUGUUUCACUGGAAAUGAAUUAACGAGAAGCAAUAAACGGUCCUUGGGUGAUUGUAAGAUGGCGUGUAAGGGGAACAGAAAAGAGGCUUGUGGAAACCACUGGCGUGUCCUCAUCUACCGAAACCCUCACUACAGAUCGAUUCUCGUGAAAUCAGGAUAUCAGGGUUGCUACCAGGACCAGCGGAGUCGCACUCUGAAUGGGAAGAUGCAAUCUUCCAGCAGAAUGACCGUAGACAUGUGUCGAAACUUUUGUACAAGGCACAACACGAUGUACUACGGUGUAGAGAAUGGUAACGAGUGUUGGUGUGGUGAUUCUUUGAGACGGAGGGUGAAGAAGAGCGAUAACGACUGUCUGAAACAGUGCCGCGGCAAUCGUAAUCAGGGAUGUGGAGGACCAUGGCGAGUCGCCGUAUAUCGGAACUACAACUACAAGCGAACUGCAGUACAGACAUCAGGUUUGGUGGGUUGCUACAGGGAUCAGAGAGAUAGAGUGUUGAAAGGCUCCAGGACUUCGUCCUCCUCUAUGACCCUGGCAAGAUGUCGAUCCCGCGCUCAAAGAGAGAAAAAGAAGUAUUUUGGGAUGCAGGUCGGACACGAGUGUUUUGUUGGUGAUUUCAUGAAGUAUAAUCACAAGAGACCCACUUCUGAAUGUUUGAUGCCUUGUAAAGGAAACCGCGCAGAGGGAUGUGGCGGUCAUUGGAGAAUUGUCAUCUACAAAAACCAUAGAUACAGAUCUAACCUCGUCAAAACAGGCUUCGUGGGUUGCUACCAAGACCAGUGGGCUAGAACCUUAAAGAGAAAGAAGAGCUCGUCAAGUCGUAUGACGUUUGAGAAAUGUAGAUCAAUUUGCUCACACAAAAAAGUCAACUCCAAGUAUUUUGGAAUGGAGAAUGGAAAUGAGUGUCACUGCGGAGAUCAUCUGACGAGGAAAGUGUUGAAAAAUGAAGGGGAAUGCACAAAGAAGUGCAAUGGCAAUCACAGACAAGGUUGUGGCGGUCCUUGGAGAAUAAUCAUCUACCGGAACUCUAACUACAAAAAAACUCGAGUUUUAACGGGAGGUUUGAUGGGUUGCUACAAGGAUCAGAGAGAUAGAGUGUUGAAGGGCUCCAGGACUUCGUCCUCUUCUAUGACCCUGGCGAGAUGUCGAUCCCGAGCUGAAAGAGAGAAUAAGAAAUAUUUUGGGAUGCAGGUCGGACACGAGUGUUUUGUUGGUGAUUUUAUGAAGUAUAACAAGAAGAGACCCACUUCUGAAUGUAUGAUGCCAUGUAGAGGAAACUACGCCCAAGGAUGUGGAGGCCAUUGGAGAAUCGUCAUCUACAAAAACCACAAAUUCAGAUCAAACCUGGUUAAAACAGGCUUCGUGGGUUGCUACCAAGACCAGUGGGCUAGAACCUUAAAGAGAAAGAAGAGCUCGUCAAGUCGUAUGACGUUUGAGAAAUGUAGAUCAAUCUGCUCACACAAAAAAGUCAACUCCAAGUAUUUUGGAAUGGAGAAUGGAAACGAGUGCCACUGCGGAGAUCAUCUGACGAGGAAAGUUCUGAAAAAUGAAGGGGAAUGUACGAAAAAGUGCAAUGGCAAUCACAGACAGGGUUGUGGCGGUCCUUGGAGAAUAACCAUCUACCGGAACUCUAACUACAAAAAAACUCAUGUUUUAAAAGGAGGUUUGGUGGGUUGCUACAAGGAUCAGAGAGAUAGAGUGUUGAGGGGUUCUAGAACUUCGUCUUCCUCUAUGGACUUGGCAAAAUGUCGAUCCCGAGCUCAAAGAGAAAAUGCAAAAUAUUUUGGGAUGCAGGUAGGACACGAGUGUUUUGUCGGUGAUUUCAUGAAAUUUAAAAACAAGAGACCCACUUCUGAAUGUAUGAUGCCAUGUAGAGGAAAUUACGCGCAAGGAUGUGGAGGCCAAUGGAGAAUCGUCAUCUACAAAAACCACAAAUUCAAAUCUAACCUAGUAAAAACAGGCUUUGUGGGUUGCUACAAAGACCAGUGGGCUAGAACCUUGAAUAGAAAGAAGAGCACGUCACGACAUAUGACAUUCCAAAAAUGUAGAUCAAUCUGCUCACACAAAAAAGUCAACGCCAAGUAUUUUGGACUGGAGAAUGGAAAUGAGUGCCAUUGUGGAGACACCUUGACGAGGAGAGUGUUGAAAGAUGAAGGGGAAUGUACAAAAAAGUGCAAUGGCAAUCACAGACAGGGUUGUGGCGGUCCUUGGAGACUAACUGUGUACCGGAACUCUAACUACAAGAAAAUUCAUGUUUCUUCAGGAGCUCUGCUUGGUUGUUUCAUUGACCAACGUGACAGAGUCCUUCGGAACGGUAGGACAACGUCAAACAACAUGACUCCCGACAUGUGUAAAAAGAGAUGUAUAAAGGAGAAUAAGAAGUUCUAUGGAUUGGAGGCUGGCAGAGAGUGCUUCUGUGGCAAUUAUCUAAAACGACACAAGAGAAGACCCAAGAAAGAGUGUAUGGACCCAUGCAAAGGGGAUAGAUCCAAGGCUUGUGGCAGCGGGUGGAGAAUUCUAAUAUACAAGAAUGUAGCAUACAAAUCUAACAUUGUGAAAAAAGACUUGGUGGGAUGCUUCAAAGACCAGCCUGCACGAACAUUAAACAUUGGGAAGUCACAUUCAAGUAAAAUGACAAUUGGGAAAUGUCGAGCGAUAUGUGAAAAGAAGAACGCAAAAUAUUAUGGCCUAGAGGUUGGGAAGGAGUGUCACUGUGGUAAUUACCUAUCAAAAUAUAAGAAAAGACAUCAGAGCGAGUGUAAGAUGCCCUGUGGUGGGAACAAAAAGCAAGGUUGUGGCGGAAGAUGGAGAGUACUUGUCUACAAGAAUAGGAAAUAUAAAACCAACAUUGUUCAGAAAGAAUAUGUGGGUUGCUACCAGGACCAGCGUUCAAGAACACUGAAAGACAAGAAAACAGUCUCGUCCAAAAUGACAGUGACCAUGUGUAGAAAAACAUGCAUUACUUUGAAAAUGAAAUAUUAUGGUCUAGAGGCUACACACGAAUGUUUCUGUGGCAACAAACUGAUGAAAAAAGUAGUAAAAUCUGACGGGGAGUGCACACAUUCAUGCAAGGGAGAUAAAUCGCAGGCAUGCGGUGGCCCCUGGAGACUUGCGGUGUAUGAGAACCCUGCUUUCAAACACACUGCAAUCGUGAAGAAGGAAUAUGUCGGUUGCUACAAAGAUCACGCAUUCCGCAUUCUGAAAGGAAAGAGAACUUCAUCUUAUUCAAUGACCGUAGAUAAAUGUAGGAAGACAUGCACGGAUCUGAAGUUCAAAUAUUAUGGCGUGCAGGCUACUAGACAGUGCUUCUGUGGUGACAAACUAACAAAGAUUACCAAGAAGAAGGACAGUGAAUGCAUGAAGUCAUGCAGAGGAAAUCGAGAACAGGCUUGUGGCGGCAAUUGGAGGAUGGCAGUUUACCAAAAUCCAAAAUACAAACCAACUGCUAUUGUCCGGAAAGAUUAUGUCGGAUGUUAUGUGGACCAACGGAAGAGAACAUUUAGCAAAAAGUUGACGAUCUCCAAGACCAUGACUGUAGAAAAAUGCGAAAAAUUUUGUGUUAAAGCCGGCACUAAAUAUUAUGGGCUUGAGUAUGGUAAGGAGUGUUUCUGUGGAAACAAAUUAAGCAAGAAGAAGGCCGACAGUGAUUGCAGUAAGCCUUGUACCGGGGAUCGUGAGCAGGCUUGUGGAGGAACCUGGAGACUUGCUGUGUACAAAAACACUAAGUUUGGUCCGCCCAAGAAACCUCCAACAAUUUGUAAAGAUAAAAAAGAAGUAGUGCAGUGUAGUUCCUCAGGUGGCAAACGAUCUGUUUGUAUUGUACCUAAAGCAGAACUCGUUCUCAAUGUGGAUCCAAAAUCGUUGAGUUCAAAUUGUGUGGCUGGAAAAACUUACGGACGACAUGGAGAUGAAAUAUGGGUGUCAGGCAAAUGUGGCGGGAAAUUUGACGUCUGUUACAGAGAAGUUGUUGAAGAGGAAGUAUCCAAUGACUGCGUGAAGACCGCUGAUGGAAGUGAUUAUGCGGGGACCUGGAAUAAGACUAAGUCUGGUAAAUCCUGCCAGGCCUGGUCUUCUCAAAACCCCCACAAGCACGGAUUUACCCACCUUCCCAAAAACCACUGCCGUAACCCCGACGGCGAGCCCCACACCUGGUGCUACACCACGGACCCAAAAACUCGAUGGGAGUUUUGUGACCUGCCUCAGUGCAACACCCCAAAAGCUGGUGAAGCAGAAGAAUGUCUAACGGAACCGAAAGGUCAAAACUAUGAGGGAACAAAAUCUGUCACAAAGUCUGGUAUCAAAUGUCAGGCCUGGUCUGUAAAGACACCACACAGUCACUCAUUUAGCAAACGUCUUAGUAAUCAAGUAAACUACUGCAGAAACCCGGAUGGAGAGCCAAAGCCCUGGUGCUAUACAACAGACAAAACUAAACGCUGGGAGUUUUGCGACAUUCCUGAAUGUGCUGCCUGUGAUGUCGAGCAAGAAAAGGGACCAGAUUGCAAGGUGAUUUACAAGGUUUCUGGAAGUUGCCACUACGAAUCCCACUAUCGCAACCAAUGUAAAUAUACUGUCACUCUCAGUAAAGAUGGUACUGGAAAACUGCAAGCGGAUGUGAAAUACGGAAAAACAAAAUUCUCUCUUGUAAAGGGAAAAGGUGUUAACAAAUGUGCCUAUUUCAAAAUAAUAGGAGACUAUGUGGUUAUUGAGGAUACCCUCUCCCAUGGAUGUUAGAUGUUCGUAAACAGUGACAACGCCCUACCAAACGAUCGACCUUUAAAAACAGUACUUUGUUAAAUUUUAUGAAAGAAAUGUUUAAAUAAAUUAUUUGCAGCA